CGGGAAGGUUCCUCACCAGCUGCCCAGCGCUUGUCAGGAGUCUGUGUGUCAGAGACCUCUGCCCUUCAGUUUGUCAGAAUAGAACGGGAGUCCCGAGAGCACGAAGAACCAACCACGUCAGAGAUGACAGAGGAGACCUACCCACCCAAGGCUUACCGGCCCAAGCAUGGGCGCCUCUCCGAGCUCAAGGCUGAGGCCCUGAAGAAGGACCGCAGGAAGAAGCUGACCCUGGCCAAAUUCGUGGGCAUGGCAGAAAACACAGCCCACCCCCGUGUUGUCAUUCCUGAGCUCCGGCAAGAGUUUGAGCUGGGCCCCUGCCGCAGGCACAUGGAGGCAUCCCUGCAAGAGCUCAAGAGCAGCCAGCGGAUGGUGCCACGCGCCGUCCACCUCCCCAACUGUGACCGCAAGGGCUUCUACAAGAGGAAGCAGUGCAAGCCCUCCCGAGGCCGGAAGCGUGGGUUGUGUUGGUGCGUGGACAAAUACGGUAUGAAGCUGCCGGGGACUGACUUCCUGAGCGGAGACCUGCAGUGCCACGCGUUCGACAGCAGCAACGUGGAGUGAAGUCGCAUCCCCUUCCUCCGUCCCAUCACUACCUACCCAGGCUCCCUUCCACCCUCCCCUCCACACUUCCCCGUGCCCCGGGACUCCGAUUCCUUUCAUCUCAUGUAAGAAGAAAAAAAGAAAGGAAAAGAAAAAAAAGAAAGGAAAGAAAA